GUUGCAAGAGGACCAUAGGGAAUUUAGCUGUGAUCCUGGCAGAUGACUGUUUGACAGAGCCGAGUUGUAUUGGGAUUCACAGCUCAAUGUGAGAAUAAUCACUCAGUCAGUCACGCGUCCACCAGCCUCUCUCGCUAUAUACUCCAACAACGCACGCGUCACAAUGCUUUUGUGUGAGUAAACGAGAUUGUGAAAGGACAGCCUGUAGUAAUUGCCUGGAGUAAAAUAAGUAUGUGUGGAUUACCUCUUUAAAUACAGAAACACAGGAUUUACAUUGAUCACAAUGGUCGCUAAUCUGCUUGCAAUGUUUCACUAUGUUACACUACAAUGGCUGACCAUGAUGUAGUGCUUAUGAUUGUUGUAUUAGGUGAUAAUCUGAAAUAGACUAUACUACAGACAUUCUAAAUACUGAACCUCUAAUACUGUCGUCUACUCAAUAGAAUGGAUGCUUACAAUUGAAAUAUUUAUCUUGGCAUUGCCAUUAAUAGUAGCAAUGAUGUAUCAAUGAAAUAUAGAUGGACGAUUUUCUCUGUUUGUGAAUAUGUUCAGGUAAUUUUUCAAUAUUUGUGUUUUGGAACAAUCUGAUUAACUCUAAUGGAACUACGGAAUACAUGAAAGGUGAUGCGUGAGAGCUGAAAGAAACAAAAUAAUGAGGUUUUACCUAGGUGUAUAUAUCCCUUGAUCUGUUAACAAUGAAGUAUUUAACAGUACAAUUAUUGGUUGUAUACCACUAUUUCUUCAUCAUUGUUUCUAGUCUAAUUAAAAUAGAUGAUCAACUAAGAAAUGUCAUCGUAGAUAAAGGAGAAAGAGCCAAAUUUAUUUGUAAAAUUGUGACACAUCCAUUAGAUACAGACAGAAUACGAUUACAUUGGAAACAUAACGGCAAACUUAUUAACACUUCUGAUCAUGCUAAAUUUGUUGUUAAAUCAGAGAAAUCUAAACAUACUUUAGUUAUUAAGAAUGUGGAUCAGAAAGAUGGUGGAGUAUAUAUGUGUAUAGCUGCUGUAGGUAUUGAUAUGGACAUGUCUAGUGCACAUUUAACAGUAAGAAAUGCGCCAGAUCCUCCUGUUGACGUACAAGUUAUAACGUGCCAUGGACAUUCAGCAGAAAUCAUGUGGACACCAGGCGCCAGCAAUGGAGACCCUAUAUCUAAAUACAUAGUGCAAUUUAAUACAUCUGAAAAUAGUAAUAAUUGGUUUAAUUAUUUUGAAGAAUUUCCAGGAGAUAUGAACAAUGUUUUUGUUGAAUUAUCUCCGUGGGGUACUUAUUCAUUCCGUGUAAUUGCUAGAAAUAGUGUGGGAAUGAGCAAACCUAGUCAGUCUACAGUGCGUAAUUGUACGACACCCCCUGAUAGACCAGACGGAAACCCUAAAGAUGUUCGAACCAGAACUGAUAGAAAAGGCAUGCUGGUAAUUGAAUGGACACCUAUGCACCGGUUGCUACAUCACGGGCCAGCAUUUUGUUAUCAUGUUUAUUGGCGACCAAAGGGCAGUACUUAUUGGCAAUCUGCUGUAGUGGCAGACCCAUCUAUUAGUUAUUUUGAAAAAGAAGUAGAAACUGUUUAUGGCUAUUACGAGAUACAAGUUAAAUCAGAAAACAGUUUAGGAGAAUCAUAUCAGCCAGCAUUCGUAUAUCAAGGUCAUUCUGGAGAGGAUGAACCACUAAUUUCUCCAAAAGAUUUUCGUUUGGAUCCCAGUUAUCCAGUGGAACCACAUACAGCACAUUUUAUAUGGGAAGCAGUUGAUACAGCUGAGGAUAAAAUACGUGGAUCUUUUCGUGGUUAUCAGCUGCGGUACUGGAAGUCAAGUGAAGGCCGUUUUAAAAUGAAAAAUGUAGAUAUUAUUAUUGAUACGUCUGACGGGUCUCAUGGAACUGAUGUACGAGUUGCACUGGCAGAUCUUCCAGCUUAUACUGCUCUACGUGCACAAGUGACAGUAAAGAAUAGCCAUUAUGCUGGUCCCCCAAGUCAAACUAUAGAUUUCUUUACUCCUGAAGGAGAACCUGGUCCUGUUAGAAAGCUGCAUACAGAAGCGUAUGGUAUGUCGUAUGUUUUAUUAAAAUGGCUGCCACCUGAUGAACCUAAUGGUUUGCUGAUUGGAUAUGACAUCGGCUAUCAGACAGUUUCAGGUAAAACUCUGGGCUCUAUUCAAGCAUUGAAACCUCAAAUAACUAAUCCGUCUAAACUAGGUGCUCGUAUUACUGGUUUAGAUGCCGAUCAUGAAUACAGAUUUUAUGUGUGGGCACGAACAGCAGCUGGAAGAGGAGAUUCAGCAUAUCUUGAUAUUAAAACUGCAGAUGGCAAGCGUGCCAGAAAUUAUUAUCGUGCUGCCAAUGGACAAUUAGAAAGUGCUUAUCAUGAUGAAUCUUCAGAUUCUUCCCAUCGUACAGUUUGUUCAAUACUCGUGAUUUCAUUAACUAUAAUAACCCUUGCUGUCUUCCAUCACUGAUAUUUAUAUACAUGCAAUCUAUAUAUGUGUAUACCUUUAAUGGUUGUGAUUAUUUUUUAUUCAAAUAUGUUUUAAAAUCGCAUGGUGGACACACAAAAGCUAAAGUAAUUGUCACUUAUAACAGGAAACAGAUGAUUAAAGCAGAGCAUAAAAGACAGAAGCCAUGUUUUAUUUUGAAGAAAUAAGAGGUUGUGUUCUUUAUAUACACAUAUUUUGAUAUGCUGAAAGACUAUUAAUAGACAAUGUGUAUGUGGAGUUUUAUUGUGCCAUGGUUUAUGAGUGGAUGGUAUGUGAUAUUAAUUAAUUUAUUAAACAAUUUAAUCAAACCCUAAUUAUAAUAUUUAAUAAGAAUUAAUAAAUUUAUUGUUGAUGAUUACUUGUCAAAAGAUGAUUGACUGAGAGUGACUCGUUAUCUAAAUUCAAAUAUUAAUAAAGCUGUAUAUUAUAUACAUAUAUACAUAUAUUUGUUUAUUCAAUGUUAGUUAAGUACAGAAGGUUGUUGCAGUGUUUUGAAAAUGAAGCUUUAUCUCUGUGUACAUUUGAUACACUAGUACCUAAGGGACAAACAGUUGUAAUGUCCUGCUUGUGAUGCAUGUACAUUUGAGCUAAUGCUUAGAAUGAAUAUUAAUCAAAAAUCUUAGAAAAUUGUAUUAAAAGUAUGUCAGAAUUUAGCUUUAAAUUCAUAAUGUAAAUAUUGCAACAAUAGUAAUAUUGAGCCUGCAGAUAUUUCUGGGGGGAAUAAAGCCAAACUUAGAAAUUAUUAAUUAGUCAAUUGAAAUAAAUGCUGCCUAAUUUUUUUAUUAAGAUAUUUGUUUUUGGAGCAAUAGCUUGUGUGUUGUCUUUUUAUAAGUGGUGGAAUGUGAAAGCAUCAAUUUAUCAUUAUCAUCAUUAUUAUUAUUAUUAAUUAUUAUUGUUAUUAUUAUCAUGGUUGUUUAAGAUGUGUAUGUUUGUCAUCAUUUCAUUUAAUGAUAUUGUCUCAUUCAACUAGUUAGAUUACAUUUUAGGUAGCUAAAUUAUGCAGAAUUGUACAUAGUAAUAUUAAUUAUAGCCUAUGAGGCCAAUAGUCCUUGGGGCUUUUGUGUUAUAUGAUGUUAGUUUAAUUCCAUGUUUUUUUAUAAUCUGUUUAUGUUGAGAAUUUUUUUUUUCAAUUUGAUAGUUUUGUUUUUAAAUUUUGUUUAAUAUGAUGAAAUUGUUAAAUCUGUCAACCAACCAUUUAUGUCUAUUUUUGUUUUGUUUAUACCAGAAGUUAUAGUGUUUAUUUGACCUAGUCACAGAAGUUUGAACUUUAAUCCGAAGAAUAUCAUCUUAUCAAAGGAGAUAGCAAACAAAUGAGACAAUUUAAACUGUGGGGAAUAUAUUAUUACACUACUUAAGUUAAAAAUUACUACAUUCCAUUAAAUAUUUCUAAUUCCUUAACCAAACAGAAUUUGAUAGGAAAGUUGUCAGUUUGACUAUAGAACAUGUUGUGUUUAUGUUCUUGAUUUCUUUGUUCCUCUUUAUAAGGUAUGAACACAUCUUUAUUUUGUUCCAGUUUUAAUUUUGGUUUUAUUACUGUUGUGUAAAUGUUUAAAAAAAACAUAAAAAUGAAAUGAAAGUAUGAUCUAAAUUUUCCCAUGGUAUAUGGGCAAAUUCUGUAGUUGUGAUGGAUACUGUGAAAUAUACAAUAGACAAUAUAAUUUAUCCUAUGGAUAUAUAGUCAUCUGAUCUUAUAAUUCACAGUUGAUAAAGGGUUAGUGAACAAGAUUGUAAUACCUUUGUAGUCAGAUUUUUAUGUGAACAGGAAUGAUGUAUUAGAUCCAUAUUUUAAGCAGACAGGUCUAUAGAGAGUAAACAAAAUGGGAGUAAUAUUAGGGUUAACACUGGUAUUCAGAUAUAAUUACAUUUGAAAGAAAUUUAUCAAUAGUCAUCAUGUAAUUAAAGAAUAAUUGAUUAGGUUUUAACCACAAAGCUAAUUUGUUCCUUCUUUUAACUGUAUUAUUAGUAACCUAUUUAGUAUUGACUAACAUUUUAAUAUAGUUCUGCCUCAUCACUAUAUUAACCAAUAUUUAAUAGAUUAAAAUGAGAUUAUAGAUAUAUUCAUUAAUUUUUUUUCUGUUGGUGGAGGGUAAGCAGUCUCUCUUGUGAGUAGUUUGUUUCCUCUGAAGAUGCAUCGAAUUUUCAUGAACACGAAUUACAGAGAAGUAAAUAAUAUUUUAAAAUGAAGUAGGAGUAUUUAGACAAGAUAUACCUGUAUGUUAUUGUGAAAAUUAAUGUCAUAUUUCUGCUAGAUAUAUACAUGUAUUAUAUAUAUUUUUUCAAAAGAAAUUAGCAUAUAUACUAGAAUGACAAUCUUCUGAUAUAUAUUAUAUUAUUUAGUAUUGCAUACAUACAACAUUAAAAGAAGAUUUAUUUAUAAUCAAAUUUAGUGUUUUUAGGAAUUGUGUGGUUAAUAAGAUCAUAUAUGAAAUUGAUCCAUAUCCUUUCCCCCAAACCAUCUAUAAACUUUGUAGUACAUGUGAUUCUCUACAAAAUCUAUUUAAAAUAUUGGGAUUAAAAUAAUAGCUGUUUUCAAAUCCCUUGCUUUAUCAUGUUAUUAUUGUCAAUGCUAUUAAACACUAUCCUGUUUAUUAUUAGCAUACUGGUUAUUACUUCUAUUUAUUUCUUGGCAUUCAAUAAAUAUGAAUAAUAGUAAUACCUAUUCUUGUAAGUUUACAGGGUUUGAAAUAUUGUUUAUAAGGUAUUGGUAACACAGCAUUUUUAAAUUUAGGUUAUAAUUUUUAUAAUUCAUACAUUCCUUUCUACCAAGUAUAGUCACACAAGUUUAUCUUCAUUUAUUGUUUUCAUUACUGUGAGACGCAUUCUUUUUAGAGUGAUAUGUGUUUUUGCAGACAAUGAAAAUAUAUCAUCCUGGCAAAUUCUACUUUGAUCCCUCUAUAUGGAAAUCACUACUAGGUGGUAGAAGGUAUAUUACUCCCAUGUUUGUAAAAGGAAGGGUAUAUACAUUUUUACUUGGUUAUCACCAUUUUCUAUUGAGUUAUCACAAAUUAUAACCUAAAAAACCUCUUCUCAGAUUAUGGAAAUUUUUAAAGUUAUAUUAAUUUUGUUCUUACGUUCAUGUUCAAAUUUAUAUUUUCUUAAGUUUCUUACAAAUAUUUUGUUUUUAAACUUUAGAUAAAUGUUAGUUAAAAGCUA